AUUAGUGCUAAACCAGACGUCAGUCGCUGCAAGUAGUUAGUUGGUCUAACGUUUUUUAAAAAUAUUUCUUUUGUUAUAGAUAAAAUUGCUUCGAAUAAUCAAUACUUCUUCAAACUAUUGCAUUAGCAAUAGAUGUAAAUUAAACAAUAAAUAAAUGGCUUUAAUAUUAGUUAAAAAUUAAUUUAAUAAAAAUGGAAAAUACGAAUAACUUAAGUAAUGCAAAUAAACUAAAUGAAGGUGAAGAUUGCAAUGGAUUUGAUAAUCAUAACAAUGAUGCAACCGAAACCGCCGAAGAAAAUCCAAAAGCUCAAGCUUAUUUAGAUCAUUUAUUAAAUGACGGCUGCAAAGAGGGUGAUAGCGGUUAUGAAAUGGAACUGCCCACUUACUACAAUGAUAAAUUAUUUAGACAAGGCCAAAGUUAUUUGUCGAAAUAUCGCUUUGUUGUGCAAAGUGGUAUGCUGGCCGGUUUAGUAGCUGUCUUAGCCAUACCCUCGAUAUUAAAAGUGCUAAUAUGUACACGACAAUCCUCUUCGCCAGCUACCGCAUAUCGACGUUAUGUACGCACAAUAAUGCAUACAACUGCCUGGUAUUACUACUCACCCACACCGAGAACCUCGAAAUUCUGGAUUAGUUUAGAAGCGGUACGUAAGGCCCAUUCGCGUUCUAGUCGUGCCUGUGCUAAAUUGGGUGCUGGUCAAAUAACACAAAAAGAUUUAGCUUUAACACAAUUUGGUUUUAUAGGAUUUCUAACAUUGGGUGCUCAUCGCAUACAAAUGUAUGAUGAAGAUUUCCUAGAGUCCACCUCACAUAUGUGGCGUGUUUUAGGCUAUUUAUUGGGCAUUAAAGAUGAGUACAAUAUUUGCGGUGAGAAUUGGGCCGAAACUAAACUGAGACUGGACAUUGUUAUGCGUAAAGUAUAUGAACCGGCUUUGGAGAAUACUAGCAAAGAUUUUGAGCAAAUGUGUAAAGCUUUAUUAGAUGGUCUAUGGCCAGUAAACACCAGUUUAACUGUGGGUUCAUUUCUCUAUAUGACCAAACGUUUGGCUUAUGUCAAAGGUUAUGAAUAUUAUGAUUUUGACUAUCGUCCCGGCACAAAACCCGAUCCAAAUCAAUAUCGUUAUUAUAAGGAUUUAAAUUGGUGGGAUCGUAUAGUGGUAUUUUAUGGCCUUCUAUUAGUGACCUAUUUACAUAAAUAUACUAUUGUACGUUGGUAUCUGAAUUUCCGUGUAUGGAUUAACGAACAAUUAAUGUAUUAUUUGCCUUAUAUUGCCUUCUUUAAGUAUGGUAUCAAGUGGGCUUAUGUGCGUGUCUUUACCGGCAGUGGAGUACAGUCUUUUGAUUUCCAUUUGAAAGAGGAUUAAUUUUUUAUAAAAUAUAUAAAUCAAUAUUUUUAUAAAAUUAUUUCUUUAAAAAAGGCUUCUAAAGCAUAAUCCUCACAAUAUCGUUAUCAUCAAGAAUUAUAGUUUUAAGUAUUUUAUUAACUUAUUUUGAGGAAAACAAAAACAAUUAAAAUAUUUGCCUUAUAUUGCCUUCUUUAAAUAUGGAUUAAAUUGAACUCAAUGGCAAUAGAGUUUCAUUCAUUAGAUUUUCAUUUUGUAAGUAUGAGGAUUUAUUGAUGUAAUAUUUAUGUAAAUAAUUAAAAAAAUAUGAAUAAUAAAUAAUAUAUAGUUUUUUAUAUUAUUGAAUUUUAUA